AUGAGAUUCCUUAUUUUAUUCAUUUUUCUGUCUGUAAUAAUUCUCGUGGAAACAUCAUGUCAUACAGGUUAGCUUAAAAAUAUUAAGAUUUCAACAUUGAAAUUGAUUUUGAAUUGUGGCGGUGAACUAUUACGUGAAAAAUAAAGCACCCGAUAAUAUUCAAAUUUUUGAGAAAAAAAUGUUUAUCAUCAAUAUAUAAAGAUUUAGAGUUUGUUUUGCAAGAAAUUUUCCGAUUUCAAAAUUUUAUUUUCAGAUGAUUAUUGUCCCGGAAACUGGAAUGUUCAACGGAAGUCUGACGGAACUCCAAAAACAUGCGACGCAAUGGGUGGAGUGAAAUGUGAAAAACCAUAUUCCUGUGUGCAUUCAAGAUGUGGUAUGGAUUUCUGCUGUGCUCAUCAAUGUAAGUUUCCAUAUUGGCUCCUGAUCCUCAAGAUAAAACUUUGGAAUUUCCAGAUAAAAUUGCUCAAUUCAAAAAAGACAAGGAAAUCGAGGCCGAUAUCGAAGAAGCUAGAUUAGAAGAUGAGAAAGAAGAGCAAGAGGAAUUAUAA